CACAAUCAGUCUAAGAUUAGUCUAAAGAAAAAAGAAGCAAUUUGGUUUGAUAUCAAAGAAGAUAAUAGUAAAGUUGUUUGAGAUUAGUUGGUUUAACAGUAUACGUGUACAAUAAGAAGCAGACGUUCGGAAUCCGUCAAAGCAGAAACAUUACCUUUUUAUCGUGUCAUGAAAAAAUUUCUUAUUGCUCUAAUAGAAAGCUCGGUUCUUCAAUUUUGAUUAUUAUGUUCUUCCUCUUCCAUCGAUAAGAAAAAAAGAAGAUACACUAAGCUGUGCCUUGAGAGAGAAAGUCGUUGGAAAAAUUGCUUAAAGAACGACGUACACGUUGUACACGCGAGUUUUCAGUUAUUUUUUCUCAUGAGUGCUGAGUAUUGUGAACAGAAAGAAUAGCGACGUUUUCAAAGCACACAGAGAGAGAGAGAGAGAGAGAGAGAGAGAGAGAGAGAGAGAGAAAGAGAGAGAGAUAUAGAGGGAGGAGAAAGAGAACGAUGGCAAUGAUCGGAAGGAGCGGACGAUUUGUAGUUCAAAGGCUAUUACCGUGACCGGAUGUUCGCAACUAACUCUCUUGUUGGAUCCACCUCUGACUUUGCUCGUGAAGCUAACACGCUCAAUUUAGAUUGACUAUGAACGACUGUCAGUAAAAGGAACGUCACAGUGCUCUCAUGUAUACCUACGAGAGGAAUUUUCAUCAGAGAUCAGCUUAUAAAAAUUCUUCAAACUGGACCAAUAUGGAUCUUCGGAAGAACAUUUUUAUUUGUCAUCGUACGUCGCAAGAAAAUAAGAGAAAACAAAUAAUUCGACCGAUUUGAAUGGAUUUAUGAGCAUACGUAUAUAUGUACAUACAUGUAUACUUUACGCCUACGAUAAAUGUCGUAUUUCUUUGGAAACUUUGAAUGAGAACGAACAAUGAAUCAUUCUAUGAAAACUUUGUUGACAGAUCAGAUAGAAAGAGUUGUGAUUAUUAACGAAGUCAUUCCUCGACCGGUUUUUGACUCAGAUGGUAGUUUCUUUAUCUACUUGCAAAGAAAAGAAAAAGACAAAGAGACGAAAAGAAGGAGUUAUUGGGUGAGGAGGCAAACAAGGAGGACAAACGUCCUUUCAAGGAGGAAAUACACAGAAGAAUAACACAGAUUCCUUACGAUUGUCAUUCGCUUUCUUUGAAGUCUAGUACAGCGGACUCUUGUCCUCUUCGUUAUUCGCUUUUCUUUUCUUUAUAAAGUGGGAUCUAUGAAGACAAACUCUUGCAUGUGUGAGAAAGAGAAAGAGAAAGAGAAAGAGAGAGAGAGAGAGAGAGAGAGAGAGAGAGAGAGAGAAAGAUAGAAAGAGAGGGAGAGAGAAAGAGAGAGAAAGAGAGAGGGAUAGACGAGGAGAGAGCCAGCUGCUUCGAUAAUAAAAAGCGUUGAGCCGAUUAAAGGGGUCAUGCCAGUGAAAGAGUGGUUCAGAAAGCUACAGCCUGUACAGCUGUACUUGGUGGUAUUCUUCACUGUGGCAUUCUUUAUCAUUGAGAUGGUAGCCAGUCAUGUUACACACUCGUUAACGUUACUUCUCAACGCCUAUCAUAUGCUUUGUAACAUCAUUGCAACCCUCGGCUGUCUCGUUUCGAUCAAGUAUGCUCCUCGUGAAAGUUACAGAAGUGUUUACAAUAGUACGAGCAGUUCUUUUGGGGAUUCAGUGAUUUGUUUGGACGGCCAGGAACAUGGUUCGAAUACUUCUUUGUCGACGAAGACAAAGCAAUCACGAUCGGACAGGAGAAUGAAGAAUAGUUUUGGAUGGGCUAGGAUCGAUAUCCUAACAAUGCUAAUUUGUUGCAUUCUCUUAGCUUCCUUCUGUUUCUCUCUCGUAGUCGAGGCGUUACAAACGUUGGUCCAUAUAGAUCAUCUCGAUGAGAUGCAUCAUCCGAUGGCUGUACUCUGCAUCGGGGUAGCUGGUAUUUUUCUCAACAUUUUUUGUUACAUUCUCAUUGGUGGAUUUACAUUUAAUCAGGGAAUAUUGUUGCAUGUCACCAAUAAUGGGGACGUCAUAUUUAGAAGGAAUAUAAAAUCACAACCAGAAACGGAAGGCGAACAACGAUUAGCAGCACAAACUAGAAGUUCUUUAGUUGUCCCAAGGAGUCAAGGAUUUCGAAGGAUAUGCCGUGACGUUCUCGGUUGCAUUUUUGUCAUGCUUGUAUCGAUAUUAGUGUACUUCACUGAUUCAGACGUAGCCAAAUAUUUAGAUCCCGUUUUUGCCAUUAUUUCAUCGAUAUCACUCUUAGUUCUGAGCUAUCCGUAUAUGAAGGAAUCUGGUUUGAUACUACUACAAACCAUUCCAAAUCAUAUUAACAUCGAUUCUCUGAAAAAAGAACUACUCGAAGCUUUUCCAGGCAUUGUCAAUGUUCAUGACUUUCAUGUCUGGCAAUUAACAUCGCAAAAGAUUAUAUUAACAGUGCACAUAAUAUUUUUAGAUCCUAUGGUUUAUGCCAGUAUUAUUGAUCAAAUAACAGCAUUUUUUAUCGAAAUGGGUAUAACGCAAGUCACUAUACAACCAGAAUUUCAUAAGAUGAAGCCGACAACGGAUAAAACUGAUUGUUUGAUUCGUUGUCACGGUGAACUGUGUAGUUUGUCGCAGUGUUGUACAAGAGAAAAACUUGGACAAAAAUCAUCUUCCGAAGAGUCAUUGAAACACGUACACGUGAUCAAUAAGAAGUUUGAGAAAAAGGAGAUCAUACCUGCUUCACCGAUGAUAGAUUUAAAAAAAUUUGUGAUACACGACGACGAGAGCCCAAAAUUGGCAUCUCCUACGACGAGUGAACUAAACAAUAGUGAGCCAUGCCAAUCAAAUGAUGAACAAGUACAAAGCAAAAAAGAUAAUGUUGACGACAAAAGUUCCUAUUCGGUAAGCGUGGUCGUUAAUGAUGAAAAACAUGUUGCUAAUGACUCGAGUCACGAUACCGUACCGUAAGUUUAUCCUUUUCUCAGUCGAGAAUUGUUACUUUGCUUGCAUUAUUUUUUUUCCUUUUUUUUUGGAAGAAUCUUCCAACGAUAAGACUGUAUUUUAGUAUUAAGUAUUUUUAAUUGUGCAUAGAUAAAAAAAUCCUAUCGAUUUUCUAUCGAUUCAAACGUAAAAAUAAAAAAAGAAGAAACAAAAUAGUUGGAGACAGAACGAAAAUUAAUUUACGUCGGAUUUUUAUAGUUUAUAUUGUUAUAGUUUAUAGUUAGUAUUAGAGAUAGGAAUAUUUUAUAAAUAUAGUACAAACGAUUCAUUUUUCACUUACAAUCCUAACGUACGAAUUUAUGUUAAUUGUUUUUUCUUUAUUUUUGACUAAUUCAAGUAAGGAAAUUCGACUACAAGACUUAUUGUAGCUUGACAAAUUGUAAAUUGAAAUAAAUGUUUGUUAAAAAGUCAAA